UAAAGCGCCCCCUAGCGAUGGCGCGAGCGCUGAUCCUCCCAGAUUUGACAAGCGGCAUUAUGUUGUUGUGACAGUCGCGUUUUCUCAAACUUCUUUAUUUCCUUCGGCCUCAGAGUGGCAUUUCGUCGCUAAGUAGAGAGAAUGUUUUUUUUUUUAUUGUAGGCUUUAGAUUGAAACCUCCGAGCUUUAUUCUGUUUUUUAACGCUCGAUAACUAACUUCCUCCGAAGCAUUUAAGUAAGGAAGUAGCGAGGCUAGCUCGCUAGCUGCCCAGUUAGCUGGCGGGCUAGCACCGCUAGCUGGCUUGCUCAGUGUAAACAUCUCACAUGGAGGGUGUGUCCGAGUGAAGAUUUUUUUAAAUAAAUAAGAAAUCUUUCGUAGGAGAAUGGGCGACGCAGCGAAAUCCCAGCGUCGAGAGCAGUUAAAACGGUGGUACGGAUCUUGCACGGACAAGGAGCCUGCGGUGCCGAGGAGACGCUGGCGGGGUGACGGGGAUGGCGAAGCUCGGGACUGCGGACCGGUCCGGCAGCCGCUUAAGAGAAGAGUUCGAUUCGAGAGAACGGCAGAAUUCUUGGCUGUGUGUGCCAGUGGCGACACCGAGGAGGCCAAGGAGAUGCUGAACGAGACGUGGGCGAAAAAUAGCAAAGACGAGACUUUGACUGAGAAUCUGGUCAACAGUUCCAACGCUGACGGAAUCACUGCUUUGCACCAGGCGUGUAUCGAUGGCAGUUUGGAGGUGGUGGCCUUCCUCCUGUCUCAGGGUGCUAACGUGAACCAGGUGGACAGUGAGGGCUGGACCCCGCUGCACGUGGCAGCAUCCUGUGGAAACCUGGAGAUUGCUGAAUACUUACUAGAGCAGGGUGCAUCCCUGAGUGCAGUGAACUGUGACGGUGAUGUACCAGUAGACAUCGCGGAAGACGAAGCCAUGGAAGCAGUCCUGCAUGUCUAUACCCUAAAACAGGGUGUGGACCUGGAGGUGGCUAAGCGGUUGGAGGAGGAGCUGAUUAUGCGUGAUGCUCGUGGUUGGCUCGCGGACGGCCCACCCACUGAUCUACGCCACCCCAGAACUGGGGCCACACCCCUCCACGUUGCUGCUGCCAAGGGCUACCUGGAGGCCAUCAAGUUGCUGUGUCAGUGUGGGCUGGAUGUGUCUGCUAAGGACUGGGACGGCUGGACUCCGCUCCAUGCCGCCGCGCACUGGUGCCAGAAUGAGGCCUGCUCUCUGCUUGCCGAGCAGCUCUGUGACAUGGAGGCCCACAGCAAUGGGGGUCAGACUCCAUUUGAUGUGGCUGACGAAAGUGUGAAGCCCUUGUUGGAGGAGCUGUCUAAGAGGCAAGCCAAUUGGCGAACAGAACAGGCAACAAACGAUAAACAGAACGCACAAGCAUCCAGCAACGGCAACGCUGCAAAUAAAAAACGCAGGAGCUCUGUGUGUAGGAUGAGCAGCCGUGAGAAGAUGAGUGUACAGGAUCAGUCCAAAGAGCGCGGCGUCUCUGGAGGGCUGGAGCUCAACGAAGAGAGAGAGAGCAGUCCGGAGAGCUCCACAAUGUCGAGUCCAGAUACGGAGAGUGUCACUACCUCUACAGUAAUCCCCCCUGAAAAGACCCCUGAUGAGCGCGAAGCAGCGGAGAGGGAGCAGGAGCGAGAGAGUCGCACUGCCCGCGUCCCACCCACCGUGCAGAGGAGCGACUCGGGUGCUGAAAGCCCUGGUGGUACUUCUGCUGACGGCAGGAAGUUCCAGGCUCCACUGCGAGAUGAGGAGUCAGAGUCUCAGAGAAAAGCUCGCUCACGUCUCCUGCGCCAGUCACGCCGCUCCACUCAGGGCGUGACCCUGACUGACCUCAAAGAGGCAGAGCGAACCAUUAGCAGGACCUUAGAACCACAGCACAAUCUUCAGUCCUUGAGCCCUGUCGUCACGAUAACGCCAGCUGAGAGAGACCAGGAACCUGGGAAGGUGUCAGGAUCAGAGAGCGAGAGCAAACUGGGAGUGAGGGAUCGGAGAAGAGCCAGGAGGGAGAGGCGAUCCACCGGAAAAGGCACGAUAGGCGAGACUGAAGACUUGGAUGUGAAUGAGCCUGUACAAGCAGAUGGCACUUCAAGGGAUCCUCAAGCAGGAGAUGCCAGAUUGCCAUCAUCACUGGAUUUUAGGAAGUUAUAUUUGGAUGUGUUGAAGGAGAACACUGCUUUGAGGGAGAAGCUCCAGGAAACACAGCUGCAGCUCAGUGAGAGCAAAGUGGAGCUGGAACGACUCCGACAGAGUCAGGAGAAUGGCUGUGAGCGCCCUGCUCUACUGGAGCUGGAGAGAUUUGAGAAGAAGGCACUUGAGAGAAAAGCAUCAGAGCUGGAGGAUGAGCUCAAGGUUCUGAUUGACCUGCGUGCCGAUAACCAGCGUCUGAAAGAUGAGAACGCCGCCCUCAUCCGUGUCAUCAGCAAGCUCUCCAGAUGAGCUCUAUAUGUGCCGCUACCCUCCCAAACCACUAAGUGGCAGCACUGUGCCAUUCUGCACAUCUCUGCCCAGAGUAAACUGGAAUGACGCUGUUCACUUUCUGCAUGGCCAUAGCACACAGAAUCUUUGUGUGUGUUUGUCUGGGACUGGCCUCUCACCCUUGUGUUGCCUAAACUACUGUUUUCCAAACUAAACUGCACAUAACGAUAAAGCCUAAAGGAACGUGUAGACCCAGCCUAACCCACAGUUCGAGAAAUUUGAGCUCCUUGUGCACAACUGUCAGGAAAUUCUACUACUCCAGAUCCUCAGAACCCAGUGAAGACUAGACCCAGUACAGAUACAGUUCUAGAGCCCUCUGCUCUUUGCUCACGUCCAGCAGAGAACGCUAGAACUCCAAUUCCUCUGAGUGUAGUUGAGUGAAGUCUUGACCAAAUCACCAUCGUCAUUCUGGAAGCCACAACCCUUUGAGCAGAACUAGCACAAAAUUCUGGGACUACAGUUUCAUUGAGUCCAGUUUUGUUCAAUGUAAAUGUAAAUUAAAUACUUGAAGUGCUGCAGAAUGGAGAAUAAUUGUAAGGCGCUUUUGUUCUGUAUAUUUAAAAUGUAAAGAAUUUUUUCAUGUGCGCUGGGCUUGAUAUCUUUACCUUGUAGCUUUAUAUGAAAAAAGCCAGUACAAGGGUAACAGCUUAUUUAUUGUUUUUCUUUCCCCCUCUUCUUUGUACACUAGCCAUGGGUAGUCACUGUAACUUGUAACAACUGCUCUGACAGUGCUCAACACUAGUGGGCACCACUGAUCAGGGAAGCACGUGAAUCAGGUGUUUCAGCUCUGGCCACAUGACCUAAAGAAGUGCUUGUAUAUCUUGGACACUGCAGAGAUGCAACCAUGUGCCAAACGUUAUUUUCCACUCUUAUGUGCUCCAACAUGCUUGUUAGUGGACCCACUGUAGUGAAUUGUUCCCCCGCACCCCACCCACAUUCUCUCAGGACAAGCCCAGAUCUACACUGUAUUUGAGCAGACUGCUACUGUGUUGGACCAAACAGGCCUUUGCAUUAUUGCUGUUUCUCAUUUAACAAGUAUUUAUGAGUGUAAGUGAUGUAUUAUGAGGCCUGUGUCCUGUACCAAUGGUGGUAUGGUCUUUAUUUUUCUCUCCAAGAGGAACAGGAAUGUUUAUACUGUGAGUCCUGGUCUCUCAGAGGAGCAGGCGCUUUAUAAGGUGAAAGCCUUGGAAAGUUUACCACCAUUUUUUAUUGCUUUUGUUCUUAGGUUUUUUUUUAAGCCAAUGCAUGCCAAAAUUGUAUUUUGACAAAAUAUGUGCCUUUCUACAUAUCUAUUUUAAUAUAUCUAUGUUGCUUGGUUGAAAAAUACUGGGCUAGUUCAGUAGUACUAUAACAGACUCCUAACGCUUCACUGUCAUCAGAAACACGUCUGGCUCCACCAUCAUUCGGUACAAGGGCCUUUUGAAAUGACCAAUAAACUGCAAACAGUUCAGUACCAUGA